AUGGACAAGAACAUCGUCAUUAGGUCAGCCGAUAAAGGUGGGGGUAUCGUCAUACAAGAUUAUAGCAAAUAUAGAUUGGAAAUCUUAAACCAAUUGUCUGAUUCCAAUACUUACUUGAAACUGAAUGGGGAUCCUACUAUCCAAGUAAAAUGCUUAAUUGAAAAUGUUUUACAGACAGGCUUGGAACAAGAUUUCCUUGAUCAGGACCUCUGGGAAUUUUUACAUCAGUCAAAUCCUAGAACACCAAUGAUCUAUCCACCCCCCAAGGUUCACAAGAAUCUUCAAGAUCCCCCAGGAAGGCCAAUUAUAUCGGCAGUUGGGGGCAUUUUGGAACCUCUGGCAAGAUGGCUGGAUUUCCUAUUUAAGGAAACAAUUGAAAGUUUACCUACGUAUAUUAAAGAUACCCCGAAUUUCAUUCAUCUUAUUUCUACUGUGAAUUUACCAAUAGAACCAGUAUCAUUGGUCACCUGCGACAUAAACAGUCUCUAUACGAUCAUAGCUCAUGCAGGAGGGGUACAAGCCAUGAGACAGAUUCUCCUUGACUCUAAGAAAUAUGAAGAUCCAUCCAUUGAUUAUGUGAUGGAAAUCUUGGAAUUGGUUCUCACACAGAAUUAUUUUCAUUUUGAACUAGAUUGGUAUAGACAGCUAGCCGGUACAUCCAUGGGAGCCUCCAUGGCUCCAAUAUAUGCCAAUGGCUACAUGUUUGGAUUUGAAUCACAACACAUAUUGGAGCCAUUCAAGGACAUUAUCAUGAUAUGUGGUUGUUAUAUCGACGAUAUUUUCAUGAUUGUUGAGGGUGACACCAGUGUUGCAGAGGUAUAUAAAUUAAGGUGUCCCUGUGGGUUAACAUAUAUUGGCAACACAGACUUACCUUUACGGGAACGCAUCCGUAACCAUAGAUCGAGCAUAAGAGUGGCAUAUAGAGACCAGAAAUCAGACCUCCCAGUGGCCAAACAUUUUUUGGAACAAGGACACACGCUACCAACCCUAAAACUGAUGGCUAUUGAUCACAUACCAGUCCCGCGAAAAGGAGGGGACAGGAAGAAAAUGUUACUACAACGAGAACUUUAUUGGAUUAGAACUUUGAGAACUGUUUAUCCAAAUGGUCUCAAUGAGAAAUACACUCUUUCAGCAUUUUUAUAA